AUGGCAGAAGAAGGCCCCCAGCUCACGCCGGUGGGGGAGAAAUCCCUCCCGGCGAAAUGUAAACCCAACACCCUGGCCUACUGUCCAACAAUGGACCUGAUCGCACUAGCGACCGAGGACGAAGAACUGCGCGUUUUCCGACUGAACGGGCAACGGGUUUUUGGGGGCUCAUUCGGUGGUGAUCCGUACCUGGGCGAGGAUGAGGAAGACGGGGAAGUGAGAGCGGUAGCGUGGAAGGGGAAUGGUCGCUUGCUCGCUGUCGCAUGUGGGGAUGGAUCCCUACGUAUCAUCAGCGCAUAUAGCGGGAAAACAGUGCAUCAUUACAGCGUGUACAAGGAUGCAAACGAGGAAGCUUCAAAUCCAGAGGCAAAACCAGUUUCUCCCAAAGUGACAUGUCUAGGCUGGGGAGUUAAUUUUACCGAUAGCAAAGCUGCGCAGAAAUAUCUGCUUGACUCGGCGGGUCAGGUUGGUGUUGAGGAUUUGCUAGCUCCGGGUGUACACCCCUCUAAGGCGGCUGCAAUGCUUAAAGCUGAUUUACCGCGGGAACUCGCUUUACUGGAUAUUGAGAGCUCGCUGCCGAAGUUGAGUACGCUGCCUGCGACUGGGGCUGAGGAUGAUCUGUUCAGUUCAAGGGCGUCGAUUGAUGCCAUGUUUCACUCGGCGGCGAAGGAUGCUAGCGACUCGGUUGAUGUGCUAUUCAUCGGGUUCGAUGAUGGGAGUGUUCAUUUAAGAAUUUUUGACUGUUUUGAGAUUGGCUCGCUUCCUGUUGGUGAGACCGUGGGUGUGGCCGAGUCGCGGAGGAUUCUCCGUCAUGCGUCGCAUCCCUUGAGCUCGACACAUGCCUUGUUGGCGUCCGGAUCGUCUGGUGCACCUCUUGAUCUUGUCACUCUGGAUCUCCGGUUCAUUACCAAGUCUGGUCGGUACCUGUCUCUGCUUGCGUCUAAGACAACUCAGCUUCACAAUCUGCUUCGGUAUAUUGGUUCUGUGCAGCGGCAGAUUGAGCUGGAGUGGAAGAAUGCACAGGAGCUUCCGGCGCGCUUCUUGCGCAGUGUCAAUGAAGAUCUGCAAGAGAAGUGCCAAUGCGAUUUCGUCACUGCCAUCUAUCAUCUUGUGGUUACCGGUCACUGCUUCGAGCCGAUGAGGGAGUUUUUGGUGGAUAUCGUCGGAGAGCGGGGACACAAGAGAUGGGAAAAGGCUGUUUCGGGUGGAUACGAGAGUAUUCGUCGACUAAUCCAUGAAUGCCUUCUUCCGGCGUUGGAUCGGAGUCAGGUUCUCCUGAGUCGACUCAUGGGAUUAUCAAAAUUCCCCAAGCUCAGCGAUGUACUCGGUUUAGAUACCCCUAAACUCAACGCGAUUGUCGAGACCUUGGAUUGUCUACACCUCUUAGCGCAUUGUAUUCUCAACAACGCCAAUGCAGAGCUGGAUCAGUUCAACGCAUUUUCACGGUGGCUUCGACACGAAAUUCUUAUUUUAAAUGCUGAACCCUUGUCCCAGACAUCAGAAGAGCUCCUUGAAAAAAGAGACUUGUUUGACGUUCCACCAACAGUGAAAUACAUCACGGGUGCGCUCCGCAAGAGUGUUCUUCGAAAUUUCAUCCGUCAACUCCCUAUGAUCGGUGUUCCUCAACUACCUACCCCUGCCACCGAUAAAUGGCUUCCUGGCGACCACGAUCGGUCGUUCUAUGAUACUUUCAAAUCCCUACUCGCGCAACAGCGCCAAGUUCAAGCCGAAGGUGGCGAUGGCUCGGCCGUCGAUGCACCCAAAUUGAAUGACUUGACAAAACGACUGGGCAUUCAGUUUGACAAAGUCUUCGCAGAGAUCGCAUUAACCCAGCGGAGGGGCAUUUUACACCGGUCACCCCUCACCCUCCAUGCAGAUUGUGAUCGAGGCAUUCUAGACGUAAAGAUCUGCCACGAGGACGGCGAAGAGGGACGACCCUGUUCCAUUUAUCUCACGGCCCGGUCUACAACAUCCAAGUCUCUAGUCUACUUCUACCGUGUCAUCUUAGACUCAAGCAACGGCGUCAGUUACACUCGGAGCACCUCCAUCGCCGCCCUUGACCUCCAAGAAGGAGAAAUAAAACAACUCCAAUUCGUCGCCGAUGACACUUUAAUGAUCCUGUGGGCUAGCGACCAAGGCCACUCCUACCUCCUAAACCUCCCCUUUCAACCACGCUCCGCGCAAUCCUCAUCCGCCAAACCUAACCAACCAUCAAGUGUGGUUGAAUAUGUGGAGUGUGAUCCACAUCCCUCUGAUGCGAAGCCUAGCGUGUCGGCUACAUUGCUCAGCAUAUCUGCGUUGUCCGAGGCUGGGAUGGUGAGACAUGUAUUUGCGACGUCGGGUUUGAAGGCGAAGCCUAUUAGGAUUGAUGUUAAUGGACGGAAGGGGAGGAGGGCGGUUUGUGUUUUGUAUGGGGAUGCUAUGCGAUAUGAUGUUUUAGAUUUGGAUGCUGCUAUGGAUGAUGAGGAAGAUGAAGAGGAGUUAGAAGGGGAGGAUGAAGUUGAGGAGUGA